AUGAAAGAGGCUGCUAAAACAGCAACCCAAAAGGCCGUUCAGAAAGCUGCCACUAAGACUGGUGAAUAUGCUGGCGAGAAGGCCGGCGAUAAAAUUAUUCAGUUAUUAAGCAAAAAGAAUAAAAAGACAAAAACACCAGUAGCGACAUCAUUAAUAGAAAAUCCACAAUCAAGAGAGCUAAGCAAUUACGAGAUUAAUGAGAGGGUAAAUCAAUUAUUGUCUGUAGGCCGGAUGAGAAGAUUUAUCUAAUCUAUUAGUAUAAUGAAUUCUUUUAGAGAUCCAAAAUAUGUUGAACGAUAUGAAGAUGUUAUUUUUGACCUAGAAACAGCACUGAAUACAACUGUCGCCAAUAAUGCCUAUCAGAAGAAGAUGGCUAUAGGUUUGUUGUUGAUAACAGCGGAGAGGUUACACCAUUUGACUGGUAUAAUGCUCGAUCAGUCUUGAUUUAAAAGUAGUCUUACUGGCUAAUGGUGGUAACAUUGCAGUAGCAGAUCAUAAUGGAAUUGUAAACGGGUCGUACUCAUUCUUGAAACAUUUUGAUAUUAAGCUAAGUGGCAAGAAAGUGUAUGGUUGUCAUGAUGCAAAUCAGGCGGUUAAUAUUAAAAACUUACUCGAUUACAGUCCAUCUUACGCUGAAAAAACAGCAUGUAAUGAGUUUUUCUUCCUUGAUACAUCCAGAAAUGCAGAAGAGCGGGAAUUUGAAGUUAGUGGUACAAAUCAAUUAGCCAAAAGAAGAGUAGCUUACAAUAAAGGUUUUGCCCUUCGAAAAGCACUCUUAGGUACCUCAUCCACAGUAAACACUGAAAUACCACUGAACAGAUACUCGUUUUUCGAAAUGUUAGAGGAUGAGCUGUUAUCCAAUACAAGGGUUGAGAUGAAUUUUGAGAUUGAGUCAGAUGGUAACCUACUUUGGCAAGCCGGGGCUAAUUGCAGGGUGCUUAUCACCAGGAUGCAGUUGUAUGUACCGCGGAUAACCUUUAACAGUGAAGGCCAAUCAUCCUAUAUGAGUCAGUAUCUUAAAAAUCACAAGUGGACUUACUUGAGAGAGAAUAUAGAAAGAUCAAAUAGUAGCCGGCAGAGAGCUGGGCAUUUCAGAAUAUCAACUGGUAUCUCAAAACCAAGGCACGUGUUUGUGUUCAUAAUCAAUGACGCGAAUAUCGAUGCCCAGACAGAGAACCCAUUCUUGUACAACACAUUCUCUGUCUCAACUGACCCAAGAACCUUAUCCAAUUGUCAUCUGGAAGUUGGAAAUGGUAAUGAAUACCCCGAAAUCAAUUACACACCAACUACUGAUAUGACUAGAGUCUUCAGGGAUGUUCUGAAAUAUGUCCAUAAAAAUAAUGAAUAUGGUGAAGGGUCAUUACUCAAUAAAUCUAAUUUUAGUACGCUAUUCCCUUUCCUGUAUUUCGACCUAACAAAACAGAAAAUGGACAUUAAGGAUGGCACUACAAAAAGGACAUUCAAAUAUGAGCUAUCUGGAACAACGGCAAUAGCCUACUCAAUUUACGCAUUAACAUUAUAUGAGCAAGAUGUUGAGCUAAUUCAAAAGGAUGGCAAAAUAAUACUCAGAUCAUCGUAAAUUAAAAAUGGUUAAAAUUAUGUAACAUAUAUUAUAUACAAGUAAUGACGAAAUAUUAUCCUUAUGGUGUGUCACUUAGUAAAGGACAAUUGGAAAAGCUUUCGAGAGCUUAUAAUAAUAAUACAGGAAUAACCAUCAGACUUACCAGAAAUGAGUUAUCCGGACCACAUGAAUUAAUGCUAACAAAAACUCAGAUCAAUAAAUUGAAAAAAGCAAUGAGCCAGGGUACAGGAUCGGAUAUCAAGAUAUCAAAACCACAAAUCAGAAAGGCUGUUAGACAGGGUGGUAGUUUGUGGGGAUCAUUAAUCAGUUUAGGAAGCAAGUUGCUACCUAUCGCUAUGCCACUAGCCAAAAAAGCUAUUGCACCCCUUGCAACAGGAGCGUUAUCAGGAUUAGCCAGUCUUGGUGUGGAUAAAAUAUUCGGAAAAGGUCAACGAGGAGGUUUUCUUAUUCCAAUAGGUAAAAUAGCACAAUUAAUAUAUUACAAACAUUUACUGACCACGGGGCAGAAAGAGGAUAUUCUUAAGGCUGUCCAAACUGGCAACGGAUUGGUUAUCAGACCGACAAAAACACAGAGCGGCGGAUUUCUUGGUACUCUACUAGCGAGUAUAGGAGUCCCUUUAUUACUAAAUGCAUUGACAGGAAAGUGGACUCAAGUCGACAGAACUGGUUCACCCGCUAAUACAACGACAGUAUAUGUCCCUCCUAGUGUAACAAGUAAUCACAAUGGCCAUGGAAUGAUAACCCCGUACCCUUACAUGUCGCCACCUUUCUUUGGAACAUGGGAAAAUCCAGUUGGUGCGGGAGCAAAAAAAAAAAGAAAGGGAGAGGGACCGCCGCUCGGCAAAAACAGUCCAUUCAAUUCAAUCCCAGUUCUAGGAACAAUACUGUAAGAUUCAUAAACAAACCAUUAUCGAAUAUUGAUUUGUUACAAUGGGUUACACAAUUGGAAAUAAAAUAUUUCAGGGGUAUUUACAGCCGUGAUAAUUUACCAGACAAAAUAAAUAAAUUAGAAACAGGAAUAAUUAACCUUGAUGAUUCAAUGGGCGUGGGAAGUCAUUAGAUUUGUUAUAGAAACGUGGAUAAACAAUUUUGUGAAUUUUUUGACCCGUUUGGAUUGAUCAUGCCCAAUGAAAUCAAAAAUUACCUGAAAACAAGCGGGAAAAAAAUGGUGUACUCAUCAGAUGAAAUACAAGAAAGGGACAGUGUGUUGUGUGGUUAUUAGUGCUUAUAUUACCUCCUGGAGAGACAAAAGGGUAGAUCAUUAUUAGACGUUAUACAUAACCCCAAAUUCAGUUUCACAAAUCAAAUGAUAGAUCACCAAUUUCUGAUAAACUAUUUUAUGUAAUCCAUAUAUAUAAGAUGACUGAAAAGUUCUGUGUUUAUUGCCAAGAACUUACUCCGCAUUUUGUGAAUCAAUAUGGAUGUUUCGAGUGCUGCAACUGUGAGCCCUUGAGUGAGAGUGAUUAUGAGUUAGAUAGCAGCCAUGAUACUUAUGUUCCAGACAGUAGUGAUAGUGAUUAGAUAAUAAUUAUAUAACAUAAAUAUAUAAUAAUGGUGAAAUCUUAUUGUGUUAAACAGAAGAAGCAAACAGAAAGUGUAGAACCUUCGGGUUACAAAACUGCCAAAAAUGGUAGACUUAUGUUUUGGUGCACUUGUGCUGAAUGCGGAAUUAAAAAGUUUAAAUUUGUAAAGAAGGGAAACUAGAUCAGUCUGUCCUUGGGGCAGGCGUAAUGGACACAGUGGCUGGUACAGCACUGGACAUGUUUGUACAUCACGGGCUUCCUUGGAUGGGUAAAAAAGCAGUUGAGAUGGGAAGAUAUUACGGGUCAGAAGCGCUCAGAAACCCUAAAUUACAGAAAAAAGCUAUAGAUUAUGUUUUGGACAAAUUAAAUCCAAUGAUUCAGAAUGUCGGUUCUCAAGCUCUUAACCAAUUAUCAACCAAAAAACGACCAAAGAAAAACUACAAAACAAACAGGAAAGAUCUUGAUGGUGAUGCUUUGGAUAUUCACAAGGCCAUUGGAAAAUUACCAAGACCCGCAGGCGGAUGGACCUUGCCAGGGCAUAAAUACACUGGCCCCUACAACGAUCUCGAAAACCAAGUGAGAUACAAUCCAGAAACUGGUGAAAUAUUAGAAAUUUAUGAUCAACCAACUGGGCCAACCGAUGCAGCGGCAAUGCAACAUGAUGUCGAUUAUAGUGUUUGUGGUGAUAACCGAAAGUGUAAAAAUAAAGCUGACCGUAAAUGGUAAAAUCAUUAGACGCCAUUCCUUAUAAUGAACGACAAUGGGGACACUGGUUAGCUAGAAAUCUAAUAAACACAAAACAGAACUUCGGACUUGGUUUAAACUGAAAACGCCGUCAGGUAUUAGUUGGCAACAACAAUUAGCGGACGAAUAAAGCACAACUUUACUCGGCGGCGUGUUAUUACAACCGGUAUUGGCAAAAUGUGGAACUCAGAUCUGGUUGAAACGCAACAGUUUAGUAAAUGGAACAAGGGAUACAGAUACCUUCUCAUGGUAUUAGAUCUAUUCUCCAAAUAUGGCUGGAUUGUCCCAUUAAAGGAUAAGAAAGGGGAAACUGUCACAGAAGAAUUCAAAACUAUCUUCAAAGAGGGCCGUAAAGCACAAUAUCUUUGGACUGAUAAGGAAAAAGAGUAUUAUAACAAAAAUAUGAAAGAACUGUUGGAAAAGAAUGACAUAACACUAUACUCAACCGAAAAUGAGGAAAAAUCUAGUGUGUGUGAAAGAUGGAACCGUACAAUUAAAACCAAAAUGUGGAAGCAGUUUACUGUCCAGGGUAAUACCGUAUAUUUAGACAUACUACCAAAAAUAUUGGAGCAGUAUAAUAACACCAAACACAGUUCCAUUAAAAUGACUCCUGUAGAAGCUAGUAAAAAGAAGAAUGAAAAUACCGUGUAUUUCAAUCUAUAUGGUGAUAUGGAGCAAUUGUCAUCUAAGCUCAAAUUCAAGAUUGGUGAUAAAGUUAGGAUAAGUAAGUAUAAGAGAAUGGUGUUUGAUAAAGGGUACACACCUAAUUGGACAGAGGAGAUAUUCCUGAUCGAUAAAAUCCAAUCCACAAACCCAAUUACCUACAGAUUAAAGGAUCUCAAUAAUGAGGAGAUACAAGGCAGCUUUUAUGAGCCUGAAUUACUACCAGCAAAACAGGAUGUAUUUCGCAUUGAAAAGGUCAUUCGGAGGGAUUAUAAGAAGAAACAAGCUCUUGUAAAAUGGUUGGGCUAUAGUGACGACUUUAAUAGUUGGACUCCACUAAGCAACCUGCAAGAAUUAUCUAACUAAUAGUAUAUAUGGACGAUCAUACAAGAAAGCUUGAUACUAAAAUCCAGAGUAAGGAAACCGAGCUUAAUGCACUAUUCACUAAAAUCCAAAAAUUGGAGGAAGAAAUUGCGACAUUAUACCAAAGAAAUUAAUAUCCAAAAAUCUGGAAACAGUAGAAAUGUCAUUAACCGGCGUCCUAGGUGCAAUCUUUGAAACAGAGGAAGAGGAGGUGGAGAAAGAGUAAAUUGCCACCGUACCCAAAAUGGGGACGGUGAGUCUAAAGGUGUUGCCCCGUCAAAAUGAAGGGUCAACCAGGUGAAACGCCGGGUCAACAAAUUGAGGCAUUUUUUGGGGGGGUGUCAAAACGACGACCCUGGUCUAAUGUGCUGAAACGGCACCUCAGGCCUAGCAUACUUUUUAAUCUAUCAUACUUAUCAUAUUUUUGGUCUGUAUGAUAAUAUUUAUGUAACCUAUAUAUAUAUACGAUAAGUAUGAUUGAAAAAAAAGUAUUCUAACGAAGAGAUGAACAUCGAACUGACUUCAUUUCUUGAUAAUAACCAAAAUGUUUGGUUCAAGGGUAAGGACAUUGCUACUGCCUUAGGUUAUAGCGACACGAGCCAAGCAAUAAGAAAAAAUGUGUGCAUAGAAGACAAAUACAAAGGGGGUGUCUACACGACGGGGGGUUUUCAAACUUGUGUUUUCAUAAAUGAAUCCGUUUUAUACUCUCUCAUCUUAUCCUCAAAAUUGGAAACUGCUAAAAAGUUCAAACAUUGGGUAACAUCACAAGUCCUCCCAUCCAUCCGUAAAUAUGGCUACUAUAAGUCAUUCAACAAACCCUGGAAUAAGAUGAUUAUGAUUGGCAAUGAGACUGACCUACAUUAUAAAGUAGUGGACCUCAUAAGAAAGUACUAUCCAGAUACUAUAUUAGUAGCCGGUCUGGGAGAGAAUCAAGAUACUGAGGAUAAGAGGCUUGAUUCGUAUAAGAAAGGAUAUACCCGUGGACAGCCUGAUUUGAUGAUACUCGAUUAUCACAAAGAUUAUAAAUAUAAAGGCCUUUGUAUUGAAUUCAAAUCACCAACUAAUAAUUAUCAUGUAUCAGAAGCCCAAAAGGAGAUGAAGAAGAAGUACGUUAAUAAUGGCUAUGCUUUUGUGCUUAGUAAUGAUUAUGAUAGAAUCUGCAUGAAUAUCCAUGAUUAUAUGAAA